CCCCCAACGAGCUCACGACUCUCAUCACCUUCACAAACUCAAAGGAACUCAGAUUUGAAUCGAACUGCUCUCUGAGAGACGCAGCAAGUGCAGAACAGAACAAGGAAUAGCAAGAUACAGCAGAGCGAAACGGAUCGAUAAGCACGAUGCCCGAAGAGCGCCUCUGGAAGUUCAGGAAGCCGGAAUGGAUGAAUAGUGCUACGGCCAGGAGCGCAGGCGUAUACUCGGCUGGAGCGCUGUUCUCCCUCGCCUUCUUCAUAAUGGUCGACGCGGCCGUCUGGUCUCACAGCGCAAAAAACGGCAGCGACCCGCCCAUCCACAUCAACUUCGUCGACUGGCUGCCCCUGAUCUUCAGCUCCCUCGGGAUGCUGAUCAUCAACUCUAUCGAGAAGACUCGACUCUCCGCAGACAGCUUCAGUUAUAGUGGGAAUGGUGUUGCGUGGAAGGCGAGGGUGGUGCUCUUCCUCGGUUUCGCCAGCCUGGCGGGAGGCAUGGCGGGGGGUGUUACGGUGUUGGUAUUGAAGUAUAUUGUGCCGGAGACCGUGUGGCCGACGCUUAGUAUGGGGGUAAGCAAUGUGGCGGCUAAUGGUUUGGUUAUGUUGAGCUCGGUGGUGCUUUGGAUUAGCCAGAAUAUGGAGGAUGAGUAUUCUUAUAACUUGGCUCUGUAGGAGAGCUCAGCUGGUAAGAAGGGACUGGGAAUUGGGGGGGGUAGAGGAUUGAGGAGGGCAAGGGGGAAACGGGUGGGUGAUGAGAACGAGGCUAUGGAGCAUGCAACAUGGAACGGAACAAACUAUUCAGGCGUUCUUUCUUUUUGUAGUUAUAACUCUGAUGUAAACGUGAGCGAUCAAGCGGUAUUUUUCAUUUCUCAAUCGUUUUCUCCAUCUACAAAAGCUUCACCAAGCACCGUGAUGUCAAACUUCACUUUUGGACUUGCAACUCUUAACAAUCUAAUUCUAAGUAUACAAGAAGC